GUUGAACCAAAACAAUCGAAUGUAACAUACACAAAAGGCGAUCAACUGCUGAAUAUUUCACCCAUCUCUGAUUUUUCGCCAACUAGAAAGUUCUAAGUCACGACUUUUUUAUACCUGUCACUUUAAAACCUCGCUUUCUUUGUCUUUGUUUGUCAACGAGGUAGAUUCGUUCUGGUAAGUCACGAAAGGGACGACCGGAAUUCAAGGUGAACAGCUCUAAAACGACGGUGUCUUUGUGGGCUUUGAAUGAACGAGAAUUUCAAAGAGUUUGGAUAAACUGUGUUUAUUGGAUAAGCUAUUAGAACUCGGUACAGAAUGCCGUACGGAUUUACCGUCUAGUCUUGACCUGUCACUGUCGACCUAAAUUGAAUACCAGAAGAGAAAAGCGUCAAAACUUGCGCGCCUCUAUCCAGACUAAACCAUCAUCUUUAACCUGGAAAAAUACACCAACAAGGCGUCAUUCGUCGUUGGUAAAAACACGUAUUUAGCCUUUGUUCCGGGAACAUUGACGCUAUGGUUGACACCAAGUUCUUAAUUGUAACGACGCUGUGCUAUGUGGGAAUAUUUGUUGUUAUCUUGGUGGUUUGUUGUUGCGCUUGGUCACGAUAUAUGAGGAACGAAGGAAGGGUGCCUGCUCGUAGAACUAAACCAAGCCGAGGACCAAGGCGAACAGCAAGAGAACCAGUCGUUACACAGCAGUGUACUCCGCUUCCUCCGCCACCUAGACAAUACCGGUACGUCGGCGAUUUUACAGAUCUAAACCACCAAAAUCAACCGAUAAUUUUCGAUCCACAUGUGAGGCCAAAUUUUCGCCAUGUGGGGAUUCAAAGGCCAACCUACCCCAAUCAUUAUGCUUUAGUAGAAGACUGCCCUCCCAGGAAUUAUUACCCUGUGAGUUUAGCAACACCAACGGAUACCUACGACAUGGACUUACAGAUGGAUAUAAACAGUGCUACGUAUGCAGAUACUAGUCAAGGUGGAUUCUCUGGCGAUGAAUUUAGCGACUUUCAAAGUUCUCGAUAUGACAGUCGACAUGAUAUUAGUGGUGUUGCUAGUGGCGAAGGAGCUGUUUUGAGCACUAGCGAUGUCGGGGAAUCAUUAAAAAAUGCGAAUCAAAACUCCCUAGAAACUAAUGGACUAGAGAGUGAAACUCGAAGGUCGACUGAAGGACUAAAGCAAGACGACAGCGGCGAUGAAUGUGUUUGUGGAAUCCCUGAAGACGAUUUAAAGUGUAGUACAAGAAGAAACAGCGACAUUUUAGGUGACAGCUUACUAGUAACAAGCUGUAGUGACGAUUGUAAUGGCGUUGGAAUAACGCCUUCGUGUUCAGUACAGAGUUUAACAGACUUCAACGAAGAACCAGAACAUAUUCCUUUAAAUAUAACGUGAGAAGAAAGCCUAUAUUUUAGAUGAAUAGAAUAUAUAUCUGUCAAUUAUUCUUCAAGUUUUACCAUGAAUACCUAAUAUUCAGAACAUUAUUUUUGCUUUAUAGGUUAUAUUCGUUUUGUUUACUAUUUUUUGUUCCAUGUUGUUAAUCUCAUGUAUUUUUGGAGCUUACAGACCAACGAUUGUUCAAAAUCAAUAAGAUUAAUUUAGUUGUUUACAUAAGACAUUGAGUUUUAAAUCCUAGUAAAGUUAUCAACCACCGGCUGAAAAACAGGGGAUUAAUUACAUAGGAAAGAUCAAAGAUCUACAGUUUUUUUAAAUAUUUCUCGUAUAAAUAUAAAGUUUCAACUUCA